CGACAUUGGCGGACGGUUUACGGUAAUUAGCUGCUCCUUUAAUCCGGAAGUUGAGCAGAGUUGACGAAUCCGUCCGCACCAUCCAAAUCCAAAACUAAGAUAAAACGCUUAUAUUCGAUCAUUAAUCGAUCAUAUCACAAGCGUCUAGUCACACGUUAGGAACAUUGAUAAUCAUAAUUAUUGCUGUUUUUGAUCAAAUAUGAGCCACCUGACGAUUGACUUCAGGCCGGGACACGUGAAGCUGCUGCAGCAGGAGGACCCCCCGGCGGGCGGUCUUCGCGUCCUGGUGACGGGCGCGAGCGGCCUGCUGGGCCGCGCCGUCCUGCGGGAGUUCGAGAAGCGCGGCUGCGCGGCGACGGGGACGGCGUACCGCAGGGCAGGCCCGCGCCUCCUUCGCUGCGACCUGAUCGACGAGGACGCCGUCAAGGCGCUCGUGAGCCGAUGCGAGCCCGACGCGGUGAUCCACUGUGCGGCGGAGCGCCGUCCCGACGUGGUGGAGCGCCACCCGGAGGCGGCCGACGACAUCAACGUCCGCGCCACCGGCGCUCUCGCCAGGGAGGCGGCGACUACGUGUUCGACGGCCGCCGCCCGCCUUACGGCCAAGACGACGUCCCGAAUCCCGUCAACGCGUACGGACGCAGCAAGUUGGAAGGAGAGCGACAAACGCUUCGACACUGCGCACGUGAGUGCCGCGCGCGCCCGACGAUCGAGCUGUAUCGAUAACGCGCGCGAUUGCCGUCGGUCAGGCUCGGCGGUUCUGCGCGUUCCGGUUCUGUUCGGGGAGGUGGAGUCUCUGUCGGAGAGCGCCGUCACGUCGCUGUGGCCCGAAGUCCUGCGGGCGGGCGAGAGCCGCGCUCUGGACCACUGCCAGCAGAGGUUCCCCACGCACACCCGAGACGUCGCCGCCGUCUGCUGGAACAUCUGCCACGCGGCCGCUCGGGACCGAUCCAUCCGAGGAAUGUUCCACUAUUCCGGGAAGGAGCAGAUGACGAAAUACGAGAUGGCGCUGGCGAUGGCUCAGGCCUUCAACCUUCCGUCCGAUCACCUCGUCCCGCUGACGGAGCGGCCGGCGGCGGCCGGCGCUCCGCGGCCGCUCGACAGUCGCUUGGACUGUUCCCGUCUGGAGGUCCUGGGCCUCGGCGUGGAGCCGCGAGCGUUCGCCCCCGCCGUCAGGGACUGCCUGUGGCCGUUCGCGCCCGACAAACGUUGGCGGCAGACCGUCUUCCACUGAUUGCCGUGGCGACCGUCUGCUCAAUAAAGUCUUCACAACCAAA